UUUUAAUACCCUCUGCAAGGGUAUAAAACGGUGCUGCCCCAGCCAACCAGCAUAAUUCUGGGUUAGGGGCUAAUUUUCUGGCCACCAGAGUGCUAAUUCUCGAAGCACGUCUGCAGUGCCAAUUGGAGCAGCCGACGGGUCUAGGAGACAUUGAAGCUCAUGGCGAUCUCAUCAACCCCAUUCGGAUCCCCAUCGCUAACUUAGGCAAAAUAGAACGCCAACAAAACUACCGAUUUAUAUGCAGAAAAAAAAAAAUAAAAUAAAAUUUUCUAAAAUGAUUAUGUGCAGUGCCUUAGGAGUUAAGCCCUCUAGCAGGAAAUUAUAAAUAUUGAAUAAAUGUUGAAAUUUUUUUAUUCAAUUUUUUGUGUGUGUACGCAAGCAAAUGUGUUAAAAGCAAGUCAGCAGUGCUCUCACGCAGAAAAUCGAAAUCCCGCAGCAACAAGACAAACAAAUACAAAGAUAAAAAAAAAAAAUAAAUAAAUAAAAUAAAAUAAAAAUAUAUAUGCAUAAUUAGUUAACAAACUUUUAGUGCACCCGUGAUUAAAGAAAGAAAUAAAAAUAACGAGAUCAAGAAGAUCUAUGGUCUGGUAUGGUUACCAACCCACAACUCAUGAACUUAACAACACCGUCGCCAGCGUUGGAAGGCCUUUCACCGCCGAUGCAUGUUCCCCUCGCACUGGCCGUAACUUUUGGGUCCUGCUUUCGGCGUAAAUAUAUGCAAUAUAUCAACCUAGACGGGACAAAGAGUCGGACCGCCCUUCGGCUUCUCUUUUGCUCGUACGUAUGGACUUACGUGAAUAUCGUCGCCCUUCCCGAUGUUGGUUGCCGUCGGCUCGCCCGCCGCAGCUUGGCUUUAGGGCCUUCUCUCUUCCUACUGUUGGACGGCUUACACACUCCCUAGGCCCAGAAAAUGUAUCUACCGGCCUAGCGCCGUCGACGUGAGCUUCGACCUGGUCUAUACUGGCCUUAGUCCCAUUUUUUCGCGUUUAAGGUAAAGUUUUAUUGCGGAGUUUUAUUUACGGACUAAGAUUUUGUGUGGCCCGACACUUUAAAGAAAAUAAAAUUGUUGCGCUGCUCGAUCUUCAAGUCUUUGUUUUCGGCACAAAUAAUAAAAAGAA